AUGUUAAUCUAUGUUCGGGUCUGGCCUGCAAGACAGCACAGGCUUGGCAACUUGGAUAUGGGCUCUCACCACAACGCAGAAACAGAAGAGAAUCAGACUGAAAGCCUGAAGGAUCCAGGCUUAUAUUCCAGUAUUGGCUGCAAAAUGUUCCCCGUCUGCUUGCGCAUUCAAGUUGUAGAAGUGCUGAACACUCACAAUGUAGAAAAAAUGAAGACACAAAUAAUGGCCUUGAGAGGCUCCCAGUACGAACUGAAAGAUAAUCCGGGUGUCCACCCUGCUACCUUUGCUGCCCACACUGCCCCCGGCUAUUACCCCUACGGACAGUUCCAGUACGGGGACCCGGGGAGGCCCAAAAACGCCACCCGGGAGAGCACCAGCACCCUCAAGGCCUGGCUCAACGAGCACCGGAAAAACCCCUACCCCACCAAGGGCGAGAAGAUCAUGCUGGCCAUCAUCACCAAGAUGACCCUCACCCAGGUCUCCACCUGGUUCGCCAACGCGCGGCGGCGGCUCAAGAAGGAGAACAAAAUGACCUGGGCCCCGCGCAGCCGGACCGACGAGGAGGGCAACUCCUACGGCAGCGACCACGAGGGGGAAGAGGACAAGAGGGAGGACGAGGAGGAGAUCGACCUGGAGAACAUCGACACCGAGAACAUCGAGAGCCACAAGGACGAGCUGGAGGACGAGCUGCAGGACGCCGACCUCCUGCAGUCCGACUCCAAGACAGACUCUGAGGGCUCCGAGGGAUUCGAGGACCUGCCCGGCUCCGAGGAAUCGAUCUAG